UGAGCUCUGUGUGUGCGACGCUGCGUGGGGGUGUUCGCCUGAUGUCAUUUGGCAGAAAGGGAGGCUGAGCUAACGGUGGGCACGCGAGUGGAAAGCAUAACAAUAACGUUACCGCUUUACCGUCCACAUCGGGACUUAUAACGUGUCUUUUGGAUUUAAAUACCGACUCCUCACCGUGGUCCAAAGAAGACGACGAGGUGCAGCUAACGGUCUGAAAGUACCAGAUGCUAUUCCAGCGGAGAGGGAGAACUGGCUCGAAUAAGCAAGAGAGGGUGAUGGGUUCCCGUUUUCCUGACGGCUAACGUUAACGUUAGACCUUCGUUGGAAACACGGAUACUGUGAAGUGAGGGGGACUUGUUUUGCUUCUUCUCCACCUCCGUCUAUGUGACAUUGUGCCUGAAAUGCUAGCGCGGUCUCUGCCGUCGAGCAGCCUCUGGGCCGCAGCUCGGCACACCGAGCCCGAAUCUGGGAAAUAGCUAGCUUGCUGCAGCUGUACCAGAUGCUGCUGUUGCGGCUGCUGCUGCUAAACGGAUCCGAAGGACAACACAAGCAGUUCAGGGCCCCGGCGCUGAGUGAGCUAUUGUUUUACCUUACUGGACUACACAACGGGCAUUUGAGAUGUGAUGCUUUUGUGCGUCGUUUUUUAGCCUUGUGUAGCUGGAGGCUCUUGCUUGCUUGACGCGAAGGAGCUAACGUUGCUGCAAAAUGCACAGCAGAACCACAGCAGCAGGCUCCUGUUGAAGGGGGCGAGGUUUGACUGAUAACAGAUAACCCACCCCGUAUCUCCUAACACUCGGUUCACAUUUGGACUACGACCACCACAUUUUUUCCACGUCAUUCACCGCUUCAUAAGCUGGCGAUAUGGAUAAACUAACGAUCAUUUCAGGGUGCCUGUUUCUGGCAGCAGAUAUCUUUGCAAUAGCCAGCAUUGCAAACCCAGACUGGAUCAACACUGGUGAAUCAGCAGGUGCCCUUACAGUCGGUCUAGUCCGACAAUGUCAGACCAUCCACGGAAGAGACCGGACCUGUAUUCCACCUCGGCUGCCCCCAGAGUGGGUCACCACACUUUUCUUCAUCAUCAUGGGCAUCAUCUCCCUCACAGUCACCUGUGGACUGCUCGUGGCAUCACACUGGCGCCGAGAAGCCACCAAAUACGCCCGAUGGAUCGCCUUUACUGGCAUGAUCCUGUUCUGCAUGGCGGCGCUCAUCUUUCCCAUAGGCUUCUAUAUUAACGAGGUGGGAGGCCAGCCGUACAAGCUGCCCAACAACACAGUGGUCGGCUCCUCGUACGUGCUGUUUGUCCUCUCCAUCUUCUUCACCAUAGUGGGACUUCUGUUUGCAGGCAAAGUUUGCCUCCCAGGCUGAAGGACUCGACCAUGCUCGCCUCUGGACCGACACAAGAGGCUCUGAAAAUGUUAUGGGAUUUACACAAACACACAAUGACUGAAAAUCAAAAACAACAAACUCUGACCAGAAGCCUGAAACAGGGAAGUCUUUGAUUAUGUGUCAAGGGGCCGCAGCACCGCAGAGUACCUAACGACUAAAAAA